GCACAGCUGGGGCGGGCGGCGCGCGGCCGCGGGGCCUCAGGCCUCAGUACCAUGGGGGCGGCCGGUCGGUCUCUACGCUCCGCACACUGUCGCGCGGUAAUUACGACUCGCGUCUCCAAACUGUCAACAACUCUGUCAAACAAGUGAUAGUCUUCGAACCUAAUUAAGUUCGGGCACGUAGGCCUUCUCGGUAUUAAUUACAAUUCUAAGACUGUGUAAGUGAUUUUGUUUGACGCGCUUAAAGUUGAUGCCGUGAAAAGUUUGUUUCGGAGUUGAGUGUUUAUCAGAUGGUAACGAUAUUUAGUUCAGGAUUCUAAUAAAUUUCAUCGUAUUUAAAUUAUUAAAAAUAUUGUGUUUGCCAAUGACUGUUUAAUCAAAAUCGUCGAUUUCAUGACUAGUAUGACUACCUAACGUAUGAGUUUUACUUGAACUGACUAUUUUAUUGUUAUGUGUGCAAUGUUGAAACACAUGAAUAUGCAAUGUUGAAGACUGUUACGUUUGUUUGUAAUAUAAAUUGUGUGUGUGCCACAUGACAGUUCAUGACAGUUCUCCUGAGGCUGGCAAGCAGGGAUGGCGCUUAUUCCAUCAACGGGCAGUCGCAUCUACGUGGCUUUCUUCGCGACGGUCUUCUGGGGAAUGGGUGUCCGAGGCCUCCACAACCUCGAGAUAAACGUGCCAACGGCUGUGCUGGUGGGUGAAACAGUGACCUUGGAAUGCAGCUGGCAGCUGGAAGAUGAAGAGGCGCUGUACAGCGUGAAAUGGUAUCGCGGGAGAGAAGAGUUCUACCGAUACAUUCCGAAGGAGCUACCACACACGAGAGUGUUUCCUUUGCCGGGGAUUGAAGUUGACAUAUCCCGGUCCGGUGCGCGGCGCGUGGUGCUGCAGCAGGCCACGCCGGCGAUGGCAGGCCGGUUUCGCUGCGAGGUGUCCGCGGACGCGCCUACCUUCCACACCGAGAUCCGCUCCGCGCCGCUAGAAGUUGUCGAGCCCCCGGAGUGGCGGCCGAAGUUAGUGUCGGACCGGUCGUGGUACGGCGUGGGAUCCACCCUGCGCGCGACCUGUGCCGCGCCGCCCGCGCACCCUCCAGCCAACCUUACUUUUGCACUAAACGGCAGAGAGAUUGACUUGGACUCCCUAGUACACGAGUUACCGGAGUGGUUCAAAUGGGAUUUGCCGCCGAAGCCGGAGACGACGACGACAGAGCAGGCUGAGGAUGAAAACUUCAACAUAUUCCACGACGAGGGCAACAUCCAGUAUCUGGAUGAGUCUUACAUUAACCUGCAUAAGGAGGAGAUCCGGCGACCUCCAAAGGAAAAUCCUAAGCCGGUAUUCGAAAGAACGGGGCCGGACAACCGGCUGGUCUCAGUGGGAGAAGUAUCCUUUGUGGUGCGCAACGAGGCGUUCGAGCGCGGCAGCCUGCGCCUGACCUGCAUCGCCAGCAUAUACAACUUGUAUGCGGCGCGCGCGGAACUCAUCUUUGACAUGGAGCAGCCAGAGGUGGCCUCCGUGUUAGGAGUGCGAAAUGGGGCCCAAGAUUCAAAUAUCUUCAGCUCAUGGCGGAUACCAACUGCGUUCGCGCCGCUCCUGUACAACAUGCGGUAGUCAUCUUCACGUUCAUUUUAGUACAAAUUCAAUUCUAAGGUCUCCAUACAGAUUGUGAUUCUCAUUUUGUACAAACUCAUAAAACAUAUCCAAAAGCAUGAAUUUAUCUUCCGUUAAGAAUUCCAAGUUUGUUUUAUAUCAAACAGAUAUUUAUAAUAAGUAUUUAAUCUUAGUCAUAGGUCACACUGGCCAAAGUAUAGAAUAAAUAUUUAGUAAAUAAAUAUAUAGAUGGAGAGGGUUUUAUUAAGUGAAUAGAAAACUACGCAUUUCAAGCAUAUAAUAGUUGAUACAUUGUGAUAAAUAUAAUGGUUCGUAUUUACGAAAGGUCUAUCAGAUCUUCCAUUGACUGAAAUCGCGUGGUGGUUUUGUGCGAUAAACGCGUUUUUUUUACUCGUCGACUGUAAUUCUUGAAUUGAGAUUUCGUAUACUAAUACUGCAAUAGGGUAUUUUUAAUGUAUGGGCUCCCAACUCAACUAUAAUAUUCAUUUCGAUACGGUUUAGUCAACUAUGACAAUGAAAUUGACCUAUCACACCUCGCCGCGAUCAAGAGGACGAAACAAAACCAUAGCUCAAAUUAAUUAUUUAUCUUACGGUACUCGACUGAAAAACUGUCUAUUAUAUCACGAUUGUAUAAAAUACUAUUAUGAUGCACAGUCAAGAGUAAAAAUAUGGGUGCAUAUAACUUACUUAAAUAUAUGUCCCAUAGUUAUUAAUUCUCUGACACUUAGGUAUGUGUAGCUGUUAAGCUAUGGGACAUAUUUGAGUAUGAUAUGCACCCAUAUUUUUACACUAGACUGUACACGAAUUUAUUACGAUACCAAUUGGUUUUAAAGACAGAAUUCCGUUUUUACUUUGUUCGAAAACUGAACAAAUUCAUUUAUUUAAAAAAAAAUGGUACAUGGUAAAAAAAUACAGUUACAGCUCGAGUAGGAAUAUGAAGGGAGCUAAAAAUACAAUCUCAUUUUGCAAUGAUCACUGAAUUUUAAAUUUAAGAGGAAAGGGGACGGCCGUUUCUCGAGAAUAACGUCUCCAUUUUGCACUCUAGAUAUUGACACUAUGGAAAAUAUUUAUAGUAUAUGUAUAUUCAGAGCCAUUUGACUCGAUUCGAUGUUUUGAUUAUGGUAAAAAUUAGGAGCGAUAAACAGAUUUCAUGCAAAUGUUUAAAUUAGAAGCAUUUAAACAUUAUAAUAUAACUAAUUGUGUCAAAGUAUUUUUCACCACACAGGCUCGGAAAGGCUUACUUUGCACUUCAAAAACGGUUAGCAAAGUUGCACUUUGCUAUUAGGUAAUUCACAUGUGAGGCAAAGUAAUCAAAUGGAAAUUUUGAGUUGUUUUCUUAAGUUUUCGGGUAGAAUUGAUUUUUAAAUUAUGAUUUUGGAUGAUAAAUAUAACAUUCAUUUGAAUUUGAUUUGGUUUGAUUUUUUUGAUAUUUUACAUUUAAUAUUUGUUUGGUGUGGUGAAAAUUUUUGUGUUUCACUCGGGGGCAAUUUUUGUUUAACCCUCGAGCUUUGAAACCCUCGCAACGCUGAAGAUUCCAUUUUUCGAACCACUCGCUACGCUCGUGGUUAAAUUUUGGAAUCUUUCACUUGCUUGGCUAUCAAUAUUGGCUCGAUCGUUAAACAACAACUUUGCCCCCUCGUAAAACAAAUAACUAUUAAAUAACGUUAAUAUCCAAAGGAGAAAAUGAAGACUACAAUUAUAAAAGAAGGCGAUUUCGCGCGGGUCCUCUGCUUUCGUCUUAUCUGGUUCAGAAUAAAACAAUCUGAUGUUGUCUGUGGUUUUCAGUACCUUUACUACUAAAAGUCAAUAAUGCUCGUCAAACGCAUCACACAAAAAUACCACGCGCUUCACAAAACAGUUUGUAGUCGACCGACCGUCACGUUCGCCACCAAUAAUUCGACCUUGGACAAGGUUGCGUGGAUGUGCCGUGUUCAACCAAAAGGGUACAAUCGCCAGCAGAUAUAUCGGAGCGGCUAAGGCGCUCACAAAUAUCUGAACACGCCUCUAUUGUCAGGGUGUUAGAGUGCGUGUUCAGAUAUAGUGAACAUCUUGGCCACUCCGAUAUAACUGAUGGCGACUGUACCACCAAAGGGCUGUGCGUAACAGACAGGCAAUGCCUUUUGCUGAAAACUUCACAAAUGGUCAGACAUAUACUAGUUAGGUGACGGCGAGUAGUCAGUAUGUAUUAUGAAUGACAGUUUUCGAAGGAUUGCAUUAGACUUGGUGCAAAGUGUUUAAGAAGUCUAUUAUGAAUAGACGUCUCAUCUAAAUAAUAAAAUUGUGUAAAUAGAUUUUAGAGUCAGCCGUAAAAAUGUUCAUUUUAAGUGAACUGCCUUUCUCAGUUUCUCUUGGCUGUUCUAAGCCACUCUUUGUUUUCGUAAUACCCAUCUUAAAUUUUUGGAACAAUGGUAGCGAAGACUGAUGGAUUAAGUGGACUCUAUUAAGUAUUCCUGGCCAAAGCAAAAGGGAAUUUAGUUUAACAAUGCUCCGAAUUGGCAUAAUUUAGUGACAUCUACGCAAUGAAUAAUAGCAUUAUCACACUAAGUUUAAGUGACUUAACAGUAGGCCAGCGAGAAUGUUGAGCAAUUUGAGCAUUACUUAUUAUCCUUUGUAGACUUUUUUCUUCAAACACUGCAGAACAAGGUUAUAGGGUCCGCUAAGGCGGUCAUAUGUAAAUACGUAGUUAACAUAAAAUAUGAGAUUCAUGUGAAGCACUAAUAUUAAAAUAAACAACCUUGUUUAGUUUGCUCAACAUUUUCUCGGUCACUGGAUUGGCAACAUAGUGAUCUGUCGAGAAACAAUGUCAAAUAGCGCUCUCGGAUAGCAUUGCAUACAUUAUAUCUGUGAUUGAAAGAUAAUAUUAUACAUUUGAUUUUAAUAUUACUAGAAGCCAUCUUAAAGCGGCGUGUUUUAAAUAUAGUCUUAAUAUUGUCAGAAUAGAGAACAUAAUGCAAAAAAGUAAAAAUCUGGCUAUUAUAAAAUAGAAGUUACUUACUUGUAAAAUGUUGCAAGGGCAAUAACAAGACACAUGAAUGUAAAAUAAAUCUGGUUCAUCCAAUGUGACAUUUUACGACUUCAGCACCUGCAAUAUAUUUUCUGGGUACUUUCCAUUUCAAGCUAUGUAUCUUGACGACCAGUCUGGCCUAGUGGGUAGUGACCCUGCCUAUGAAGCCGAUGGUCCCGGGUUCGAAUCCUGGUAAGGGCAUAUAUUUGUAUGAUGAUACAGAUAUUUGUUCCUGAGUCAUGGUUGUUUUCUAUGUAUUUAAGUAUUUAUAUAUUAUAUAUAUCGUUGUCUGAGUACCCACAACACAAGCCUUCUUGAGCUUACUGUGGGGCUUAGUCAAUUUGUGUAAAAAAUGUCCUAUAAUAUUUAUUUAUUUAUUUAUUAUUUAUUAUAAAAUUCUAAAAAGAUUGAGUCCAUGUUCGGUUAUGUGUUGAUGUUAGUUCCAUGAAAUUAUUAUACUGGAAAACACAUAACUUGCUACGAGAUAUCAAAUUUAAUUUAAUGUCUAGUAGUAAGUUUGAUCUAAUUUGUCUAUGUUGAUUUAGAAUAAAUAGGUACCUAUAGUUUGUAUUAAUGGAUGGAUUAAUUAAAAUGUGUAAAUAAUAAUUAAACAGAUCUAUGUAAAUUUAAAUAAAUACAGAUUAGAAAUUAAACGACGUUGAAAUUA